AUGGAUACAAAGAAGCCAAGAAUGAAGAAAGAACAGCAACAAUAUUUAUUAAACUUCUUGAUGAGGAAUCCAGAAACGGUUAACGGAAAUUGUCAGUUGCCGGCUACCAAAAGAUUGUGGACUGAACUGACAGAAGCCCUCAAUGGAAUGGGAGGUGUUCGUAAGACACAGAAAGAUUGGUUAGAGACAUACAAGUUAUUAGCACGCAGGGCGAAGGCUAAGAUGCGCACACAGCGUGCAUCCAUGCAAAGGACUGGAGGUGGUCCUCCAGCAGAUAUCUGCUUGACAGAACUGGAGAAAAAAAACAAUAAAUAUAGAGGGGACAUCAACUAUAUAUGGAUUGCCUGGAGCUGUGGAAGCUGGAUUCCACAGCCCAUUGUUGAUGUUCCGGAUCCUAAUGUUAAACAAAACAUAGUCAUGGUUUUGGAUAAUACUCAACUGCCAAAGCCCAAGCAGACGUUGAUUUUAGACGCAGUAACAGUUGAUAUACAUUCAGACACUGAAGAAGAGCCCCCGAAGGAAGCGGCUAUGGUGGACGUGUUGACACCGACGGCGAGUCACGAUGGGGCGACUGUCGUCACUUCAAUGGCGACGGACGCGUCAUCAAUACCGACAGCAUCUCGCGUUGGUCGAAUUGCGGUAGACGCGUUGAUGAUAGUUAGUUAG